CCUGUUUCUAGGAUGUGGAAUACCAUAUGACCUAUUAGGGACGACUGAAAGAUAUUCCAAGCUUCAAAUCCCUUUCAUUCUCAUCGAGAUGCUCCAAAACCACUAUACACCGUCCACCCACCCAUUUCAAUCCUGUGCCAGUCUCCUCAUAAUCCAUGCCUACUUUUACAAUGAAAAACGCCUUCAGACUUGACCUCCAAUGCCCCCGUAAAUAAGCCUGGUCUUAUAAUCGUACAUAUCCUACCCCAUAAGCAUUUCCCUUAAACUCCGACCCCGGGCGCGGUUUCCGAUAUAGCUAAUGCUUCGUUGGCGUUCGGUCCUUCCUUCGCGCGGUAUAUUAUGCACUCUGCGCUCAUACCCUAACAAUUUCAUACUUAUCCAUGCUUCACCGUCCACCGUCUUCAUGCUUCCGAAUAUAAGAAUGUACGUUGCCCGCUGCCAUGUCUCUUGACAGAGUCGACCUACUUUUGGUGCUCCUCCGGCUCUUUCCACUCUUUCCGCUCCUUCCGCUCCUACUCGUUCCUGAAGAAGCCACAACUCCUGUCGAGUUCGGAGAUGGUCAUUCUCCAGCGACGACGUGGAGAUGCGGGUUUCCUCUUGGGAUAGUGAGAGACUGCGUCUAUCUUGACCUUCUUGCUCGUUUUGUAAUCCCACCCCUUCUAAAUUCCACACCUGAGCAUUUCUCUGGUGGAGCUCAGUAUUAAGCCUCCCCACUUCCUUCUGGGACUUCUCGAGCUGUUCGUCCAGUUU